AAACCCAACCCAACAAACACAACAACACUUCAAUUUCCUUCUACUCUAUUCUCCUCGUCGCUUCAACUUCUGUAACAAACAAAAACACAACAACCUCUUUUUCUCCGAUGAACUCACUUCACUUCCACAACCCAAAACCUUAAUCUCUCCUACUUCAUUAUACUACUAGUUAGUUACAAACAAAUUAUUUAUCUAUAUUUCAUUUACAUUUAAUAAAAAUUGAGUUAUCAUUAUGUAUAACUCAACCACGCGUGUUACCAAAGAGCCCUUAGGUUCACAAAUUGGGCGUUUCACAUUCGAUACGUCGUCGUUUCUCAACUUAAGCUCCGAAGCUUGUUCUCCAUCACUCAUCUCAAAUUUCUUGUACUUCAACAACGUAGCGCGUGGAGCAAAACGCACCGUUUCGUUGAGCUCAAAGCUUGGUGGUGGUGGAUAUAGGUUCCGGGACAUUCUUUACGAUUUUAACAGAGCUGUUAGGUUUCAUUGUGAGAGAAUUCCGCUCGGGUUUGCUUCGUUGCAAGUAGGUGACGGUAACGGUGACGGGAAUAAUGGUGGUUACGGUAACGGUGAGGGUGAUGGGAAUGGUGUUGGAAGAAUUGGGAAUGGGACUGUUGUGGAAGAUGAUGGAUUGGAAUUGAAGGGCUCUGGUUGUGGGAAACCUAAAAAGGUUUUGAUUUUGAUGAGUGAUACUGGUGGUGGUCAUCGAGCUUCUGCUGAAGCUAUUAAAGCUGCUUUUUAUCAAGAAUAUGGCGAUGAUUACCAGGUGUUUGUUACCGAUUUGUGGUCUGAGCACACACCUUGGCCGUUCAACCAACUGCCCAAGAGCUAUAGCUUUUUGGUGAAACAUGGUCCAUUGUGGAAGAUGACCUACUAUGGAACUGCCCCACGUCUAGUUCAUCAGUCCAAUUUUGCCGCAACUUCAACAUUCAUAGCUCGUGAGGUUGCUAAAGGGUUAAUGAAGUAUCAGCCUGACAUAAUAAUCAGUGUGCAUCCACUUAUGCAACACGUUCCACUUCGCAUUUUGAGAUCAAGGGGUCUUUUAGAUAAGAUUGUUUUUACAACAGUUAUUACAGAUUUGAGUACAUGCCAUCCAACAUGGUUUCACAAGCUUGUAACUAGAUGUUAUUGUCCAACUACAGAUGUUGCAAAAAGGGCAAUGAAAGCCGGACUCCAGCAAACCCAAAUAAAGAUUUAUGGCCUACCUGUUAGACCUUCCUUUGUUAAGCCUGUUCGGCCGAAGGAAGAACUGAGGAGAGAUUUAGGAAUGGAUGAGGAUCUUCCUGCUGUAUUAUUGAUAGGAGGAGGUGAAGGUAUGGGUCCUAUUGAGGCUACUGCUCGGGCACUUGGAGAUUUAUUAAACGAGGAUGGGAUUCCCACAGGUCAGAUCCUUGUGAUCUGCGGUCGCAAUAAAAAGCUUGCAAACAAACUCAGUUCUAUUAAGUGGAAGAUUCCUGUAAAGGUCAAGGGGUUUGUUACCAAAAUGGAGGAAUGCAUGGGAGCUUGUGAUUGCAUUAUUACAAAGGCAGGCCCAGGGACAAUUGCAGAGGCUAUGAUUCGAGGCCUCCCUAUUAUUUUAAAUGAUUACAUUGCCGGGCAGGAGGCUGGCAAUGUUCCCUAUGUAGUUGAAAAUGGAUGUGGAAAGUACUCUAAAUCACCUAAGGCGAUAGCGAAGAUCGUUGCGGACUGGUUUGGUCCAAAAUCCGACGAAUUAAAAGAGAUGUCACAAAAUGCAUUGAAGCUAGCAAGGCCAGAUUCUGUGUUCAAGAUUGUCCAUGACAUGCACGAGCUAGUAAAGCAAAGAAGCUUAUUAAAAGAGUAUUCUUGUACAGCUUAACCUACACAGCGGCUAUUUUUUUGAAUGAGUAUUUUGUGAAAAAUGCAAAAGGCAACAAAGGUGUAUUUCUAGCAAAAAUGCCUUAUGUUUCUCCACCAUUUUCAUAUUAAUGUUAAGUUGCCCAUUUGAAAUAAAUAAUAGUUCAAUAGUAAUAGUAAUAAUGAUAAUAAUAAUAGUCUUGGCUGUUUUCUUUGCAUUA